CGGAUCUGAUAUUAUCUCAAGAACACUAUCAUCAUGGUAUUAAUAAAAUAAAAUAAAGUACAAUAAAAUUAAUAAUAUUAAUAAUAAUAUAAUAGUAUUACGAACCGUAAUGGAGAAAUCGAAAAAUCUUGUAGGCAGUUUUGGUGUUAUGGCGAUAUUGAAUUACUAUUGUUCAUGACAUCAAUAACUUAACGAUCGUUAUACAUUGUGUUCUUUUGAUUUUUUUUUUUUUUUUUUUUUUGUUCCUCGAACAUUUACCGAAGAAAAUAAUUGAACGUUCCUAAUUGGUUUUGGGUUGGUGCAUUGUAUGCCGCGAAGAUACUAGCUUACGAUUUGAUGAAACACUACAAACCGUAACGUUGUUUAAAAUAUCAGCAAGUAAUACAUAUUUUAUUUUGAAAAUUGAUUUCAUUAUUUUAUAAGUGCCAAACCUUUUUAGUAGCAUCUGUUGGCUAAAAAUGAUUUUCCAAAUAAAUAUAACACUGUAAUCUUAUCAUAAGUUAUUUAUUUUCAUUAUAUGGUUUUAUUUAUAAUCAAAGUAUUAUGAAAAGAACCAUAGUCUAACCCAACUAUUUAACUUUUAGGAUUAUUCACUUUUCACAAAUAGAUUUUGUGUAAUAAUUAUGAUGUUAAUGAUCUAUAGUACAGGGUAUAAUUUUGUUUAUAGACAAGGGUUAUCUAUACUAUACCUAUUACGUAUACUGGUUUGCAGUAGUCGAGACACGCUUCUUUCUGUAGCUUUAGCAAAUUGUACUCCAAAAGAUUACACCAUCUUUUUUUACUAACCUAUAUAAGUAGUAAACUCUUUAUGAACUAUUGGUUUAUUUUGUUACAAUUAAAUUAUUUAGUGUAUUAUGCCGCCAUAUUGCAUUUCUUAGCGAUGCUUGAUUAACCUCUAUUUUAAAUAAAUAAGGGUGUUAUUAUCUUGUUACACAGUAUUAAUAACAUUUUUUUUUUUAAAGUGUAUGGUAUAAUUUUGUCACUUUAUUCAUAUUUAGUAUUUAGAACAUUAAAAUUGUUACCUACCAAAAUAAGUUAUCGUUUCAUAAAAAAAAUAAACAGUUUAGUGGACCUAAAAUAUAAGUAUUUUUUCUAAUUAUUUAAGAUAAUACCUAUAGAAUUCCAAAUAUUAAAUAGUUAAAUAAAAUUGUUGUAGUAAUAAAUAGACUUAAAUAUUUUCAUGUCUUUUAUAAAAUUGUUUUCUUUAAUUUUGGACUUUUACAAAUGCAUUAGUUUCAUAUUUUAGGAAUUGUAUUUAUUGUAUAUCCUGUACCUACUAUAUUUUAUAUAGUAUUGAAUCAAAUAUACACUCAAUAUACAACUUUUAUGAUUUGAGUACUUUAAGAGAACAUUAAAUUCUUUAUAAUAGUGUAAUUUUAUAAUUAUCUUCUUUACUUAUUUGUACUAUAAACAAAUAAAAUUAAUUAACCUAAAAAUAAUUUGUUAAUCAUUUGUAUAUUUAUUACAAUUUAAUUGUAAAUAUAUCUGUUAUCUAUCAGUUAUACCAUCAUCAAUAAAUAAAACCAAUAACCAGUGUAUAAAAUAAUACAACUAUUCCCCAUUUACACAUUGGCUAUGUAUUUUAAAUUCAAAACAGAAUAGUUUAUAAUUAUAGUUACAUUUUAAUCAUUAAUAAUUAAUUUAAAAAACUAAUUUAUUACAGACAUGAACGGUGUUGAAAUUGUAUUAACAGAAAAAUCAGGAGAAAAACGUCUAGUAGCUGUUCAAGGAGGAACUGUUGAAAAUACAGAUGAUCGACGGUAAAAAAUUAUUUCUUGUAUAAUUUUUAAUAUUUUUAUUUAAGUAUUAUUUCAGUAUUUAAAAAGGUUUUGUAUUUUAAUUUCUAAAACUGAAUAAAUAAUGCAUUAUCAUUAAACCCAUUACUUAUUUCUAUAAAAAAAAAAAUGUGUUUAUAUCAUAAUUUGCUAAUCUUAAAGCUUUUAAAAAUUAUAUUAAAUACCUACUAAGUAGCAUUUGUGUAAAAUUAAUAAAAAGGUAAUUAUUUUUCACGUAUAAAGUAAAUUAUAAUAUAAUCAAAUUUUUUCUAUGGCUUUGGUGUAAUAUUAUCAAAUAUUUAAUUUAUUUAAAAAAUUAUUCAAAGAUGAACUUACUUAUUGAUAAAUAGUUUGUAUGAACACUAAAAUACCUAUAUUUCUUCAUAAAGUGGCUUUAAAUUAUUACGUACUCCAAAAUCACAAUGCAUUUUAGGAAUAUUCUAUGCAUUUACACAAUUUUAUUUAUAAAAUAGGUAUUAAUUUUUUAAUAAAAUCUAUUACAUUUUUUAUAUUUAGAUAUAUUUAUACAUACAUACAUUUUGUGAACAUAAACAUAACUUUAAUUUCAAUGUACCCAUACACUAUUAUAAAUAGUAUACAGUAAAAAUGUUUAUGAAUUUAAGUUUAUAAAUAAAUAAUUAUUAAAAUGGAGGUUACUCUAAUAGUCUUAGGUGAAUUAAAUUAUUGACACAUUUUUACAUAAAAAUAACACAUGUUCAUUUUAAAGUUAUUUAUAUUGUUAUAAUUUUUGUUAAGGUUUUAAAUGUAGAAACAUUUCUUUGUAGUUUUAAUAAUUUUUUACUAAUAAAUUGCCCACUUCAUUAUUAAUUAUUUUGAUUUAGUUGUAAUAAACUUUUUUUAAUUUUAUUAUUUUGUCAAAAUUAAAAUCCAAAUUAUCAAAUAUGAUAUAAUCAUUUAUUACUGUAAUUAUUUAAGAAUUAUCUAAAUUAUUUGAAAUAUGUUUUGAGGAUAAAAUUAUGUUUGUGUUUAAACUUCAUACAUGUGAUUCAUUGGCGAAUUAUAAAUCCUACCUAGCUUUGUACUUUACUAGUCGUGGGUUUGGAUUCAAGUAGUUUUAUAUUUUAAUAUGUAAUUGAUCAAAAAGGCUAAAUUGUGUUUAAAUAUUUUACUAAUUAUAACUAUUCGAUUUAGAUACAUAAAUUAUCUAAAAAUGAAAGAUAGAAUUUUUUGUUAAAAAAAUGUUGUGCCACCAAAAAAUUUUUUGACAACAACAAUAUCCAUUUACAAUAUAAUUUAUAUUGAUCCUAUAAACACUCAAAUUAUUUUAUUUUUAAGAACACCAUCAAAUUUUAUUUUUUUUAAAUACUUAAAAUAAAACUAACUAGAGACACAAAGCUAUUUUCUAAUACUAACAUAACUAUUAGAAUUAUUAUUAACUAUUCAGAAAUAUAAGUCUGUUUCUAGUUAACUAUAGUUUAAUUAUAAAUAAAAUAACCUUUAACUACAUGUUUAAACUGCCUAUAACAACAUGUUUUAAUAUUUGUAAUAAAAGAAAAAAAUGUAAAAUAUAUUAAGGUAAUAUUACUAUUAAAUAUGAAAUACUACUUUCAAGAAUAAUAAAAUUAAAAUAGAAUCACUUUUACAUAUCUUUAAACUGUUAUAACUUAUCAGUGGUAAAUCUGAUAAUAGUGUUAUAUAUAUCAAAACGUUAAAAAAAAUUGUUUCUAUUUAAAUCUGUUAUUUAAGAGGGUGGGGGGGGGUUAUUUAAAAAUCCUAUUAGCUUCUCAUUUCAGGUAUCACGAAUAAAGGUGAAAAAUUUAAAAUAGUGUUAAACUAAAUCUUAAUGAUUCCAUAAUAAUUAAAAAGUCUAAUUCACUAAAUAUCCUCCAAGAAAAUUGUUAAUUCAUGAUAAAUAAUUCCUCUGUAUUAUAAAUUAAUAAGAAAAAAAACAUACAUUUUUUGGUAAACAAUUAAAUUGAUUAGCUCAGAGUAUUACAUCAUAAUUUAAUAAAAUAUAAUAAUAAGUUAUUAUAUACUAGUUUCAGUUAUAAUAUAGAAAAAAUAAACACAAUUUGUAUAAAUUAUUUAAUUAUUUCUUCAUGUAUGGUUUCAGCCAUUAAGAUCAUAUUAUACCAUGCCGCCUGAUUUUAUCUUCUGCGACUUGUCUCCAGCUAGCAUGUACUUCGGUUUGUUUAAUUUCCUUCACACAGUCUCCCCACCUCAACUUGGGUCUCCAAUAAGUUCUUCCUUUAUCAUCUCUAUCAUAUAAAGGAUCCUUGUAUAAGCCUGACAUGGCCUACCUUAGUCUUAUCAUAUAUAUUUCUUUAACGAUAUUAGUUCUCUGAAAAUGCCUUUGCAGUUCAAAAUUAUGCAAUUUAUUGUAUUGUGUAAUUAUUUAAUAUUUAUUUUCGAUUUUUUUUUAUUAAAUAGUGUACUAUAUUAUAUAAUAAACUAAUUCCUAUUAAUUCUUAAUAUUUCAGAGGUCAUGAAAAUAUUGGAUAUGGAAUAUUUGUUCAAGGAUUAAAUGGAGUAAGUAACAUUACCUACAUUGCAAUAAAGUUUAAAUACAUUUUAGUGUUGACAUUUUUAAUUUUCUCAAACUUGUUAACAAGAUAUUAAACUUUUAAGCUUGGUUAGAGGAGAAAUUGUACUGCUAGUGAGUCACUAAAACUCAAUUUUUUCAGUUAUAAAUCUGCCUUGGAAAAAUUGUAAUGUAAUCACCUUUUUUUUUUAUAACUUGUUAAUUAUUAUAGGGGAUAUCAAAUUUUAACUGUCCUAUAGUAAUUGGAUAAAAUUUCUAAACGGCCUUUUUGAAUUUGGCCUUAAGUUUAUUUGUAUAAAUAAUUUUCAUUAUUUAAAAUUAAACUCAGACCUAUCAAAAUUUUAUUUUUAGAAUUUUAAAAUGUGAAAUUGAACAAACUAAUUUAAUGUAAAGAUAAUCGAUUUCAAGAAAAUUGUAUGACAAGUUAAAUUAUGUUUUCUGUAUUUUUUUUUCAUUAGCUAGAAUAGUUAAUAUAAUAGCAAAAGAUUGAUACUUUUAGACAAAAAUAAAAUCCUUCUCAGCUAUAUUUCUUUCCUAUAAAUGGGUACCGAGUAAUAAAUUAGUGGAAGUUUUAUAAUUAAGGUGAUCAUUUAAAUGUAUAAAAAACGUUCAAACUUGAGAAAAUUUGAAAACCCGUUUAACAAUCAACUUAAAAAAAAAUUUUUUCACUAUUAAAUUUUUUUUUUUGUCAUACAAUUUGAUAAAUAAUGAAAGUGAAAUAUAUAUAUAUAUAUUCCUUCAAUGGGUUGGUGGAAAUUUAAAAUUUUAACAGCAAAUAUAUUUAAACUAAAAUUUCAUCCAUUUAUGGAAUAUUUAAUAUAGGUUUUUUUUUUUUUUUUUGAAACUAUUUGAAAAUCAAAAGUGGGUGAUGAUUUGACUAUCAAAAAGUAAUGUCAAUGUACAUUUUAGAGCUGUUUAUUUUAAUAUUGUCCAAAAACCAAAUUACAAAAAAAGUUCCAAGAUAAUGAGUGUCUGAUCAAAGGUUGUUCACUCUUUAUAUUAGCUUAGCUGAUAUUAUGUUUUGAUAUCUUAUCCUUAAAAUAUUAUAUUUUUUUUUUAAAUAAUAUACCCAUUAAUUUAUUAUAAAUUCAUAUUUAAAUAUUUUAGUUUAUACAAUUCUAUUGUUAAAUUUGUUUUACAAAUUGUUUGUUGUAGGAUUUAGCACAUUUGUUGUUGGAUCAAGAGGAAGUGGGGACUAUGACUGUAGAAAGUUUGGCUAAAAUAAUCAAUGGUCAAGAAGCAAUAAGUGUAUCUGGACAAAUCCAAAUAAAUAAUAUAAAAAUUGAAAAUGUGGACUUGGCUAACCAUGAUGGUACAACUGAAAUAUACAUUGCUGAUGAAAAGAAUACAAUUGCGAUUGACAUGGCUAAUGAAGCUGUUGCAAACUGUCAGAGUCUUAUGCGCCCUGACCCAAUGGAUGAGUUACAAUGUCAAAAAUGUGGUAAACGAUUUGCAGAUAUUAAUACUUUAAAAUCGCAUGAGGUAACUCAUGAAGAGAAUCAAAAUAUAGAAUGUAAAUUUCUGUGUACUGUUUGUGGAGAAAAAUUUGACAAGGCGAAUGCAUUGAGUGCACAUUUGGUUAAUCACCGUAAUAUAAAAUUACAUCAUUGUGAAGUCUGUGGAUUAGUAUUUUCUGAUGACCAAUCAUUAAAAGAACAUGCUCAAAUACACUCUCGCCAAAAACUACACACAUGUCAGAAGUAGGUUUUCAUAAAUAAACACAAUAUAUUUCAUUGAUUGAUAUAAAUAAUUGAUGUUCAUGCUUUUUAUAGGUGCGACAAGAAAUUUCCUUCAAGUUAUAGAUUGUUUCGUCAUAUGACGAUUCAUACAGAAAAUCCACCAUUUGUUUGUGAUCAAUGCGGUGUUUCUGUGGCAAAUAAGAGUGAUUUAAAGCUUCAUAUUAUGAAACAUACUGGUAGCGCUGUGUAUACAUGUACUGAGUGUGACAAGAGCUUUCUAAAACCAUCUUGUCUGCAACGGCAUUCCAGUGUUCACACAGGAGAACGACCAUUACACUGUAAAACUUGUAAUAUGACAUUUUCUUAUUCCAGUAAUUUGUGUGGACACUUGAUAGCUAAUUCUAAAGCAAAACCACAUCCAUGUACUAUGUGUGAUAAAUCUUUUCGUCGCCCAUCAGAUUUAGAGCGCCACAUGAUGAUUCAUACAGGGGAACGUCCUUUUGUGUGUCAGGUUUGCUCGAUGUCAUUUAUUACUAACUACAAUUUGAAGGUACAUUCAAUGAUCCACAAUGGCGGUUUACCGUAUCCUUGUACUUCAUGUGACAAAGCUUUUAGCAAACCUUCAGAAUUGCAGAGACACAAAUUGGUACAUUCAAGAGAAAAACCAUUUUCGUGUGUCAAAUGUGAAGCAACAUUCACAAACCAGAGUAACCUUAAGGCUCAUAUGAUAACCCAUACAGGACGAAAACCAUUUCCUUGUCGUAUUUGUAAUAAAGGAUUUACUCGUCCGUCGGAUGUUAAACGACAUAUGCUUACUCAUACUGGUUGCCGUCCAUUCGCAUGUGAUGUAUGUGGUUUAGCUUUUGCUGAUUCUUCAAAUUUGAAAAAACACUCUUUGACCCAUUCUAAAGAUGAUCAAAAACUCGCUUUGCAACAUCAAUGUCCUUCAUGCUGUAUAUCAUUUUUCUCAUAUGAGCAACUCAACGAACAUAUGAUCUCUGGAAAUUGUACUAAUAAUAGUGGCCAGGCUGAACCUAAGUAUUCAUGUAAAGAAUGUGGCGCUACAUUUAAUCACGCAUUACACUUGCAGGAGCAUGCCAUCAUGCAUUCCAAUCAUCGAUCUGUGCAUAGAUGUGACGUAUGUAACAAAACAUUUAUUCAAGAAUCUUUUUUAAUUGCACAUAAGGCUUCUCAUACUGAGUCACGCCCUCAUCGUUGUGAUAUCUGUUUGAAGAGAUUUAAAAGUACAUCCCAUUUGAAGAAUCAUGUAAUGAUACAUUCAGGCGUUAAGCCAUUUGAAUGUACAGUAUGCAGCAAGUCAUUUUUAAAAUUAGCCUCGUUGAGACGCCAUUAUGCAACACACGACCGUGUAAAUUUUUCAUCAGCUGUCUGCCAUCAAUGUGGCAAAUCUUUUCUCAAUCAAGAAUAUUUGAAGAAACAUAGUGUAGUACAUGCAGACACAUAAUACACAAAUACAUAUUAAAGAGUUUCUCAUUAUUAUCAUUAUUAAUUAUAAUACAACUAGUGUAUAUUAUUACUAUAUUGGUCACUUACAGUUUCUCUAGUGGAUACAUUAAAAUGUAUAGGUUAUAUAAUUAGUUUGUUAAUUAAUUUGUGUGUAAAUAUUAUUUCUUUUUAAUUAUUCUUAACAAUUUCUUUAUUAGGUAUUUUAAAUUCUAUAUUCCUUUUGAAGUUUAUUUAAUCAUUAUAUUAAAUCUGAAAUUUAUAAACUGAUCAAAGAGAUUAUAGUUGUUUAUAUGCAAAUUGUAUAAUAGCUUAAAUUAUUUUUAAGGAUUAAUUUUUAUUUAUGUCAAAUGCGUCAUGUCAUAAGAACAUAUUUACACCAAAUGUAAUUAAUCAUUGAUUUAAUUGUUAUAGUUUUUAUCUUAAUAUUAUAUUAAUAAUGUUUUAUUUUAAAAUAUACUAGAAUAUAGGAAUAAAUUUCAUAUAUUACACAUAUCUCUUGUUCUUUCCAAGGAUAAAUUACAACACUUAGAAUUUUGUACUUAAUUCUGUUUGGUCUAAAAUUCUGGGUUAUCAAUUUGAAUUCAUUUUAUUAAUAAUCCGGAUCUUAAAUCAAGGUAAAUUAUAAAUGCUAAUAUUAAAUUAAAUUUAGAAUGUAAAUAAUAUGACUAAGCAAUACUAUAAUAUUAUAUUGUAUUCAUUGAUAAAUUUCUGUCUUUAGAAAAAUAUAGAUAAGCUUUAUUACUGUGUAUAUAACAAAAUAGCUCUAUGCUAAUUAUAUAUAUAUGUAUUAUUAUUGUAUAUUUAUAUAAUAUGCAAGUAUUUUAGUGUUUUGAUCAUAAUAUAAUAUAUUUUUAGUAUUGUCAUUUUUCAAUUUGUACACUUGUAUUUUAAAAAUAGCUUUAUUUGAAAAAUAAAAAAAUAUUUGUAGCAAAAACAAUGGAAAUAGCUUUAAUAUCAAUUUUAAAUAGUGUAUAAUUUAUAAAAUAUAGUAUGUUCAUUGUAUUAAUACAUACUCAAAACACUUGUACAUUUUUGGUUCAAAUAUUAUUAUAUUAUAAUAGUUUUCUCAUCACAUCACUGUUGAAGUCUGACUUAAACAUUUGAACAAAAUUAUAAGCCCAAAUUUCCUUGUUUCCGACGAAGUGUUGGAGUACCAGGUUCCCAUUUACCCGGAGUAAUGAUUUCAACUCUAAAUUAUAUUAUUAUUUCAAUUACCAAAUAUAACAAAAUGUUUUGAUUCAUUAAUUUUCUAAAAAAAUAAAAUAUUUACUUUCUGAUGCUUGCCAAUUGUUUACGUUCCUCCUCAAGCUUUCGUGCUUUCAUCUCUUCUUGUGCUAUUCUCAUGGAACCUUCCAUUUCCUGUAAAGUUUCCAUGGUCUGGCGUUUAGCUGACCCAGAUUUUCCAGUCUCUUUCACAGUGAAGAACAUUGGACCCAAUUCAGCUAACCAGUGACCAUCUACAGCAGUCACAGUUUGCAUGUAUUCCUAUUAAA